AUGGUAUCCACCAUAGCGGGCAUCUUCUCUAUCCUCAACACCAUCCAGUUCUUCAUCUUUGAUCUGAAUCAGAUAACACACAUUGGCUUCGAAGACAAAUACAGCAUCUACCUGGACAUGAACUCUGAGGUCUCAACCUGGGCUGUGGUCUACAGGCACAACAUCAGCACCGGCCUGUCCAUCACCACCAUCACCGUCAGCUGCUUCCUCCUCUUCUGCCUCGACAAGAACAUGCUCGUCGGGCUGAUCAUCUACGUCCUGUGGAUCACUGUUUAUGAGCUCUUCAGCUUCACCAUGGUGGUGCUCAUCCACGGCACCAUCAAGGAGCAGUUCAAGGACCUCGGCCACCUGUAUCUGCUCUUGCAAAUCUUCCGCAUGCUCCUGCACUUCACCUCUCUGCCGUUCAUCGUCAAGCACGGCUACACGCUCUACAAGGACCCCAAGACGGUGAGCAUAGCCGGCCGCCGCAAGCGCUCCUCCAUCAGCACGGUGGACUCGUGGCCGCCCAUUCCUGUCGGCCUGAGCUCUUUGUACCGCAAAACAAACUGA